AUGAUUGACACGCAACACAGCNUUCUUGGUCUAUCUAGCUUUGCAUACUCUUUCUGGUGGCUGGAAGCAAAUCCCAACCCUGUCAAUGAUUCCUAUGGCCGUCACUUCCAACACUUGACUAUUCUCGGUCUGACCUUGGCCACCUUGACUUUUGUGAUCGGAUUGCUUGCGGACAUUACUAUGUCUACGCGCCUGUUCAAAAUCAAGAAUAUCCUCUCUGUCACCAGUGCACCCAUGGAAGUCCUGAUCAGUAUCUUGUACUGGGGUCUCAAAGGAGUCGACGAGAGUCUCGUUCUUCCCGACUGGGCACCCAGGAUUCCCUUUGGUGCGGACUUUUCCUUCCACGCCGCACCUUCAAUCGCACUGAUCCUGGAUCUGCUCUUCUUCUCUCCACCUUACACAGUUUCCGUGCUACCGGCUCUGGGCAUUAGUAGUGGCAUUGCCGUCUCGUACUGGUUCUGGGUCGAGGAAUGCUACAGGCACAAUGGAUGGUAUCCUUAUCCCAUCUUCGAUGUGUUGGGCACUACUGGCAGGGUCGGUCUCUUCGCUGGUAGUGCUGUCGUCAUGACUUGCAGCACUCUCUGUCUGAAGUGGAUGUACAACCGUGUCAAUGUGCAUGCUCAGGAUCUCAAGAACAAGCCCUUGUGA